CCACUUCAGUAGCAGUAGCCAGUGCUAGUUCAUCAUCUCCUUGCGGUUCCGAGCGUCGAGAUUUGGGGCAUUGAUCAUCUGUUCCUUUAGCGAUUUCGAUCGGAUUUUGUGGUUCUGGAAGUAAUGGCAGAGGAAUCGGAGAGUAAGCCUACUUCGACGUUGGAGUCGUUGAUGGAGAAGAACAGUGAGAAGAUUCACCCUCGUGAUUCUUCGCCGUCGUCUUCUUCUGAUUCCGAUUCGGAUGGAGAGAAACCGGCUUCACCUUCCUCUGUGAAAGCCAAGAUUUACCGGUUGUUAGGCAGGGAGAAACCGCUGCACCAGGUUCUGGGAGGAGGGAAGCCUGCUGAUGUGUUAUUGUGGAGGAACAAGAAGAUUUCAGCUGGUGUGCUUGGUGCAGUAACUGCAGUCUGGGUUCUUUUUGAAUUAGUUGAAUACCACCUGCUUACACUUGUGUGUCAUAUUUUGAUACUUGCAAUUUCAGUGAUGUUCCUUUGGUCCAAUUCCCGUACUUUCAUCAAGAAGACUCGACCCUAUAUACCGGAAGUUCAUUUUCCUGAAGAACCAUUCCUGCAGGUUGCUUCUGCCCUGACGAUGGAGAUAAAUUAUGCUUUUUCUGUCCUUCAUGAUAUUGCGUCUGGAAGAGAUUUGAAGAAAUUCCUCUUGGUUAUAGCGGGAUUGUGGAUCUUGUCAAUCGUGGGUAGUUCAUGCAACUUCUUGACCUUGUUUUACAUAGCUUUUGUCUUGCUGCAUACCGUGCCCGUCAUCUAUGAGAAGUACGAGGACAAGGUUGACCCAUUUGCAGAGAAGGCGGCGAUCGAAUUGAAAAAGCAAUAUGCGGUUUUUGAUGCCAAGGUUCUAAGUAAGAUUCCAAAGAUUCCCUUGAAGGCCAAGAAGGUUUAGGGGCUGAGGUGUUUAUCUCUCCACCAUACCUUAGUAGUUUUGGGUUUUACUAUCUCUAUCCAUAUAUUAAACUAUACAUGCUCCUCUAGUUUGCCCAGUCGACUGUUUGGAAGUGUUUUGGGUUGCAAUUCAAGUGGUUUUUCAUCAUCAUCACUAAUUCUGUGUUUUUAUUUUGGUCAGCUCACCAGAGAGCAUGUAUUAGUUCUUGAGUCAUGAUCAUAAGUGGUUUUUGCAAUGCCUUUUCAUCAUUAGCUGCGUUUUGUUUUUGUUUUUUUAAAUUAAUAAUCUGGGAAGAUACGUUGCGGGUUCGAGUACCGCAAGCAUUGGAUGCGUGAAGGCGGGGUGGUGAGUAUUUUCUAUGU